UUACACUGUUGCUGCUGGUGCUGAACACAUCCCGAGAGCCCCUGCACUACGUGGUACUGUUACUGAUGUCACCCAACUCACAAACAGAACUGGUGGAAAGAAUGCAUCUAGCCCCGGCCCGUCGGCGCGCUUCCCGCAGCCGCCAGCCACCCGCACCGAGCAUGAGGGAGAUCGUGCACAUCCAGGCCGGCCAGUGCGGCAACCAGAUCGGGGCCAAGUUCUGGGAGGUCAUUAGCGAUAAGCACGGCAUAGACCCCAGUGGCAACUAUGUGGGGGACUCGGACCUGCAGCUGGAGCGCAUCAGCGUCUACUACAACGAGGCCUCUUCUCACAAGUAUGUGCCCCGGGCCAUCCUGGUGGACCUGGAGCCUGGAACCAUGGACAGCGUCCGGUCUGGGGCCUUUGGGCACCUCUUCAGGCCUGACAACUUCAUCUUCGGUCAGAGUGGGGCCGGCAACAACUGGGCCAAGGGCCACUACACGGAGGGUGCCGAGCUGGUGGACUCGGUCCUGGACAUGGUGCGGAAGGAGUGUGAGAAUUGCGACUGUCUGCAGGGCUUCCAGCUGACCCACUCUCUGGGCGGGGGCACGGGGUCCGGGAUGGGCACACUGCUCAUCAGCAAGGUGCGCGAGGAGUACCCUGACCGCAUCAUGAACACCUUCAGCGUGGUGCCCUCACCCAAGGUGUCGGACACAGUGGUGGAGCCCUACAACGCCACGCUGUCCAUCCACCAGCUGGUGGAGAACACGGACGAGACCUACUGCAUCGACAACGAGGCCCUCUACGACAUCUGCUUCCGCACGCUCAAGCUGGCCACGCCCACCUACGGGGACCUCAACCACCUGGUGUCGGCCACCAUGUGCCGUGUCACCACUUCCCUCCGCUUCCCCGGCCAGCUCAACGCCGACCUCCGCAAGCUGGCCGUGAACAUGGUGCCCUUCCCCCGCCUGCACUUCUUCAUGCUCGGCUUCGCCCCACUCACCGCCCGGGGCAGCCAGCAGUACCGGGCCCUGACGGUGCCUGAGCUCACCCAGCAGAUGUUUGAUGCCAAGAACAUGAUGGCUGCCUGCGACCCCCGCCAUGGCCGCUACCUGACCGUGGCUACCGUCUUCCGCGGCCGCAUGUCCAUGAAGGAGGUGGAUGAGCAGAUGCUGGCCAUCCAGAGCAAGAACAGCAGCUACUUCGUGGAGUGGAUCCCCAACAACGUGAAGGUGGCCGUGUGCGACAUCCCGCCCCGUGAGCUCAAGAUGUCCUCCACCUUCAUCGGCAACAGCACAGCCAUCCAGGAGCUGUUCAAGCGCAUCUCGGAGCAGUUCACGGCCAUGUUCCGGCGCAAGGCCUUCCUGCACUGGUACACGGGCCCGGGCAUGGACGAGAUGGAGUUCUCUGAGGCCGAGAGCAACAUGAACGACCUGGUGUCCGAGUACCAGCAGUACCAGGACGCCACGGCUGAGGAGGAGGGCGAGAUGUACGAAGAUGACGAGGAGGAAUCCGAGGCCCAGAGCCCCAGGUGAAGCAGCUGGAGGGGUAUGGCCAGGGCCAAGAGGUC